AUGGCGUAUAUCUACCGUAACAACGCCGGCCGCUUCCGCCUCGAGCCCGGGGUUCACAUAUUUCUUCCGCCGACGGCUUCUGCUCCUGGUCAUAAUGCGAGUAUUGAUGUCCCAUCAACUUCUUCCUCCUCCUGGCGUCCGACCCAAUGGUUCUUCUCUGGUCCCGCAACUGUCGACUCUAGGGGCUUUUUAUUGAAUUGUUCUACCCUCCAGGAGAGCUGCCCGAGCAUCAACCUCCUCUCCAGCGGUGGAGCGCAAAACGCUGCCACGCCAUCCCCCGCACUCAGGAAGCUACACAGCUCCUCGGCGCCCAACGAGGGCAUCACGGGCGUAGAGCCGAUCUUCUCUCCACCCAUUCACAUGCUGCGCAUGCUGAGAAAAAAGAAUACGUUGGCUAGUGGUGGACCUGUCCACCUCGAAAAUCCAGAACGAGAGACAAGGUGGUACUUCAAAUAUUUCCUGGGAAAAGCUCACCACAUUUACUGCGGUAACAUAUCGGAGAAAGAUCCACUACUUUUGGCGAUAGUAAAAUCGGAAUUUGAAGCUGAGGGCCUUCGUCAGUAUCGCGCAAUAUUGUGGACAAAGUUUGGAAGCCAAAAGCUUUGCAUUUCCAACAGUUUCGCAAGUUCAGUUUCGCCCAAGAAGAUCCUUUGUCUCUUUGACAUCUACAGACUUGAAAAAGGCCUGAAAGAAAUCCUCCACCAUGAAGUGCAGAAAGAGGUUCUUACUCUAGAGGAACAGGAGGGAUCAGUAAAUUUCAAAUUCGGAGUUUUGUAUUGUAAAGAGGGACAAACAUUAGAUGAGGAGAUGUACAAUAAUGAAGAGGGAAGUCCACAGUAUCAGGCAUUCCUGAGACUUCUUGGGGAUAGAAUAGCUUUGAAGAACUGGGAUCGCUUCAAGGGUGGCCUUGAUGCAAAAACCGAAACAACUGGCACUGAGUCAAUAUACACGAUAUAUGAAGGCCAUGAAAUAAUGUUUCAUGUUUCCACUUUACUUCCUAUUUCAACGGACAAUCGUCAACAGAUUGAAAGAAAACGUCACAUCGGGAAUGACAUCGUGAAUAUCAUAUUUUAUGACGCAAGCGAUGUGGAAAAGCCAUUGUUAUGGAAACCUUCCAUGAUGAAAACACACUUUACUCACAUUUUCGCCAUCAUUACCUACAAUAAACGCACGAAUGCAUACAGACUAUCGGUAUUCUCUGAAGAGUCAGUGCCCUACUUUGGUCCAACAAUACCGACUUCUCGAGAAUUCACGGACCAUGAGGAAUUGCGCCACUUUCUACUUGUGAAACUGAUCAACGGGGAAAAAGCGGCUUUUCAUUCGCCUGUAUUUGCACAAAAAAGAAUACGCACAUCGGAAAUGCUAUUGAAUAACAUUCUUGAGAAAUACGGCUUUGAGAACAAUACGAAUGGCCCUUACCGCAGAGCCUUCAGUGAGAUAGUUCAAGACUCAACGGAGGGUUCACCGUCUGCCAAAGACCAUAAUCGAAACGACGCCUUUAUUCGAUUCGGACAGCCAUGGCAGCCUAGACGCUUGCAUAUUAAAGCGCAUGCUGACAUCGCCAGUGGUGACACUUGGGGCCAUCAUAUGGAGCCUUUUUACGUUGCAGGAAAAGUCCUGCUGGCCUGUGUUGAUGGUGGUGUCUACGCUCUUGAAGAACACCAGCAGCCUCUUCUUCUCAUUGACAAGAGCGUUGACGUGAAGCAGAUCAAGGUGGCAGAAUCUUUCGGUGUCAUGAUCAUCCGGUACGACAAAGGUCGAGAGUCUCGUAUCUCUGUGCUACAGCUGAGCGAUUUGCCUCUCGCGGAGGUCAUCGAUCGUGUUCUGGUGAAAAAGCACAUGUUGGACCGGUCAAGGGGUUGUCACAUAUUCUCAACGAGUACUUCAGCAACGAGGCCGCUACGGCUAGUGUUUGCCGUUGGUAAACGACUCCUCAUUUACCAAUGGCAAGUGGAGAUCACCGGCAGGUCGUUAUCCUCGUGGAAUCAAUUCACCUACUCUGAGCUUUCAGCUCGCUUUGUUUUCGUUCGCGAAAUUCCCACAAGCGAGGCAGUUCAAGUGCUAAGCAUGCUUGACAGCAACAUGGGCGGCCGUAUUUGCGCCGGCUACCGUAACCAAUUCGAUCUGCUGGACGAACGCACUGGCGAGACGCUCCACCUCUAUCGGACCGAAAACGUUAAAAACCAGGCUGUUGCUGUGGUGGAGAUACGCUCGGACGAUGAUUUAGAGCUCCUCCUUUGCUUUAAUCGCAACUGUUACCUGCAGAGGAUCACGAAGAGGUCCUUGCUAUUCCAUAACCAUUCAGACAUAUUCAAUACUUGCUCGUCUCUCGAAGGGAUGGAGCAUCAAUUUGCCGAGGGAUUUAGCACUACCAGCUCGGCAAUUAAGUCUCCUGUCACUAGUAGCCGUGUUCAAACAGCUGCCACUACUGACUACAACUUCUCGUGGAACUUCGAACCAAAGCAUAUUGUUCUUGCGCCGCCAUACAUUCUGGGUUUUACAGAGAGUGCCGUUGAGUUUCGUCUCCUAAUGAAUGGAAGUCUAGUCCAUACAAUGACAGUUCCUAACUGUCUUCUCCUCUCAUCUAAGCAAGACAUAUACUUUGCUUCGAGUUCGGAAGCGCUUCACCAAAGCAUCCUCUCAGGUGAUCUAUGCCAAUCACCGCACCUGCACUCCUUGCAGACUCUCGAAUCCCCGCUAGUGCAUCCACGACAGGCGACCCCCCCUCAACGCAGUGGGAGUCCAAGUAGAAGCAGGAAAUCUAAUGCUAUAACCAGCAACGAGAGUGUGGUUGGCUAUCCAGGGGGAAGCAAUUUUGUGCUUUCUCCAACGCAGCAAAGCGACGUCCAGGAAACUACGGGUUACGCAUCUUCGGCUUGUCUGACCAUGGGCUCGUCGUCGGAUAGCAGUGGAAGCCAACAUCAUCUCGCCCGCUACAUAUACUGCAUUUCUCUAGAGACGCUAACUGGUCGACACUACGACGGCAGUCCCGAUAGGGGCAGUUGUGAGUCCCCUAACCCAGUCAAAGUGCUCGAAAAGAUACGUGACUUCCGUGAUACACCAGAAACACUGCAAUUUUUCCCGCUUUCCCCUUCAUGA